GGGCGAGUCGUUCUUGCAACCAGAGGCAGAUUUCUUGGAGCUCCGCUUUUGGAUUGCCCUAAAAGGAAAAGUGGGAGCCCUUCUCGGAGUUCCUCCGCACCCUGCACCGGUCUCUCCCCAGAAUGCUGCUGCUGCUGCUGCAGGGGUGCCUGUUCUUCUCUGGCCUUUCUCUCUGCUCUGCAGAUCCAUUUUUGCUGGAGGCCCAAAGGCUGAUGAGCACGACUCGUGCCGUGGAUGGGCAUAACGACUUACCCUGGCAGCUGCUCAAAAAAUUCAACAACCAGCUCUCCUUGCCGGCGGCUAACCUGUCUGAACUCCAAGGCACCCACACGAACAUCCCUAAGCUGAUGACGGGACUCGUGGGAGCACAGUUCUGGGCGGCCUAUGUGCCCUGUGAGACCCAAGACAAGGACGCUGUGAAGAGAACCCUGGAACAGAUUGACGUCAUCCAUCGCAUGUGUCUUAAAUACCCAGAAACCUUUGCGUGUAUCAGCGACAGCGAAGGGAUUGAGGAAGCCUUCCGGACGGAUCACGUGGCCAGCCUGAUUGGCGUGGAGGGCGGGCACUCCAUCGAUAGCAGCAUGGGCGUCCUGCGCACUUUCUACCGGUUGGGGGUCCGCUACAUGACCCUCACUCACAGUUGCAACACUCCCUGGGCUGAUAACUGGCUGGUGGACACAGCAGAUGAAAAGCCAGAGCACCACGGAUUGUCCGACUUCGGGAAGCGUGUGGUCAAGGAGAUGAACCGCUUGGGCAUUAUGGUUGACCUGGCCCACGUCUCUGUGGAGACCAUGAAAGACGCCUUGAAUGUCUCCGAGGCACCCGUGAUCUUCAGCCACUCCUCUGCCUACGGGAUCUGCCCCCACCAACGCAACGUACCAGAUGAUGUGCUUCAGAAAGUGAAAGAGACUCGCGGCCUCGUGAUGGUCAACUUCUACAGUGAUUACGUGUCCUGCAGUCAUCAGUCAAACCUCUCGCAGGUAGCUGAUCACAUGGACUACAUCAAGCAUGUUGCUGGGGCCGAGGCUGUCGGACUUGGAGGAGAUUACGAUGGUGUUGGCAGAGUCCCAGUGGGCUUGGAGGACGUCUCCAAGUACCCAGACUUGGUUGCAGAGCUGCUGCGGAGGAAUUGGACGGAGACCGAAGUGAGAGGCGCCCUGGCCAAGAACCUGGUGCGAGUUUUCCAUGAAGUGGAACAGGUGAGGGACAGGAUGCUUUCUGAAGAAGUCCCACCUGAUGACGUGCCCAUUGCCUUCGAGGCGCUGCAGGGGUCGUGCCGAACCCGGUACGGGUACCCUGACGACAGCAGGGACCCUGACAACAGUGGGGACCCCGACAGUGGGGACCGUCCCACAUACCUCCCCGCUCUGCUUGCACUCUUUUUCCUGGCUGGCUGCCUCCUGUAGAAGCCCCCCAUCCACAGAACACUGCCUGAUCAAGUUGUGAUGUGAGCCAGCACCUCCGUGCAAGGAAAUGCAGAAUCAUCAUCUCAGUUCUUCCCAUGAUGGGGGUGUGUGUGU